UCAUUACAGAAAUAUUUAACAAAUUCAAAUAACACACACAUUUCACCUGACAACGAGUUCCUUAAAACACAACAAAUCAUUGAAAAACUUCCUAACACAAAACCACCAACAGACCAUCUGAAUGAUUCUGUAUUACUUCAAAUGAUAGUUAGAAACAAAACCCGAUGUCCAAUUCUAAAUCGAUCCAAAAGAUAUGUUUUAAACGGUUCACGUUGGCGGGAUAAAAAUUUAACUUAUAAAAUAAAAAACUAUCCAAAGAAACUUAAAAAAUCAGACGUUGAUGCAGAAAUAUCAAGAGCAUUCAAUUUAUGGAGUGAAUAUAGCUUUUUAAAUUUUACUCCAAAAUCAAAUGGUCAUGUUCAUAUUGAUAUCAGUUUUGAAAAUACAGAAAAUGAUGAUCCUUUUGAUGGACCUGGUAAAGUUGUGGCACGUUCUUAUUUUCCCAAUGCUGGAGGGGAUGUUUAUUUUGAUAUUAGCGAGUUUUGGACAAUUGGUAAAAAACGUGGUAUUAAUUUAUUUCAAACGGCAGCACAUGAAAUUGGUCAUGCACUUGGAUUAAGUCAUUCUCAUAAUAAAUUAGCCAUAAUGGCUCCAAUGUAUCGAGGUUACGAUCCGGAAUUCAAACUUCACGAAGAUGAUAUUUUGGCUAUUCAAGCUUUGUAUGGUAAGAAAAAUUUAAGUCACUAAAAAGAAAAUAUUGAAAUACAGUUUAAUAAAAGAAAUUAUUUUAAU